AUGUCCACCUGGAAAGCAAGGCUCACCAAAAGACUGAAAUCUCCGUCUAGAAGGAUGCAUCCAUUUCCAUGCUCGGCGCUACUUGCUUGUUUUGGGAAUACACAGGAGAAUACUCCCUUUGAUCAGUCCAGCGUGGCUGAUACUCAUUCCACCAUCUAUGUUCAGCCCAUGACCAAAACAGGCAGACAUCCAAGUCACCCGAGGGAGCAAGAAGGAGCUCCAGAGAAAAGGCAAGAUUCCGGCACCCAUUCAGAGACAAAUGGUAGCGCAAAUCGGAAUUCAAGUACCCAUGCUGCUGCUCAAUCUUCUGUGACACUUGACGAUAUGCCUGGGUCCCUAAGUGCUGAACCAGGUUGUGAAGCAGUUACUUUUCAAACUUCUAUCCCCAGACCAUCAAUUAUUGAAAUGCCAAAGGAAGAAGAAGAGUCCCAAGAAGAUUGUAAAUGCCUUGUGUUGGAACAGAAGAUGACAUCAGACAGCUCAUUUGAGGAUACUGAACUCAAGGACUCAUAUCUCAUUCCAAGAAACAUCAUGGCUGAACCAGAUUAUAUAGAAGAUGACAAUCCUGAACUAAUUAGGCCUCAAAAACUAAUCAAUCCUGUCAAAACAUCCCGGAACCAUCAAGAUCUUCACAGAGAACUUCUUAUGAAUCAAAAGAGGGGUCUUGCCCCUCAGAAUAAACCAGAACUACAGAAAGUGAUGGAAAAGAGGAAACGAGACCAAGUAAUAAAGCAGAAGGAAGAAGAAGCACAAAAGAAGAAAUCUGACUUGGAAAUAGAACUAUUAAAACGGCAACAGAAGUUGGAGCAGCUUGAACUUGAGAAGCAGAAAUUGCAAGAAGAACAAGAAAAUGCCCCAGAGUUUGUGAAGGUAAAAGGCAAUCUCAGGAGAACAGGCCAAGAAGUCGCCCAAGCCCAGGAGUCGUAGGCUGAGGCAGCCCAGAGACCUCAUGUG